UGUUCCUCUUGUCCACAGCAAAUGGAAAGAUUUAAAGUUGUAGAAAGAGAAACAAAGACCAAAGCAUAUAGUAAGGAGGGCCUUGGGGCAGCACAAAACAAGGAUCCAGCCCAGCGGGAGAGAGAAGACCUAAAUAAUUGGCUCAGUUCCUCUAUAGACACGCUAAAUAUUCAGAUGGACCAAUUUGAGUCAGAAAUUGAAUCUUUAUUGGCAACGCAAAAGAAGAAGAAAAUGGACAAAGAGAAGUCGGAUCGAAUAGAAGAUCUCAAGGAAUAUAUAGAAAGACAUCAAUACCACAUCAAGAAGUUAGAGAUUCUAAUGAGAAUGUUAGAUAACCAGUCCAUAGAUUGUGACCAGAUCAAAAUGAUCAAAGAAGAUAUCGAGUACUACAUUGAGUCGUCUCAGGAUCCUGACUUCAGUGAAAAUCUCGGUCUUUAUGAUGACAUCGACAUGGAAGACCUGGAUUAUCCCACUCCUGAAAUAACUGUAGGGAAACAUGUGCUGGGCGGGAGUCACGACAGCACGGACGGGUCGACACCAUCUUCUGCGUGCGGGUCCUCGCCUGCCCCGUCUCCUGCCACAAACCAUUCCAAUGACCAUGACGCACCCACCACCCCUCAUGACAAGAAGAGAAGUAAUAAAAACGACGAGUCCAGAUCGGUCAGUUCAGUGAAGUCAAGCCAACCUGUCAAACCUAUGGUAGUGAGACCAACGACCAACAACAUCAACACCAAUAAUAAUAUUAGUUCGAACAACAGCACCACCACCAGUAACAGCAGCUCUGGAUCUACUACUUCCAUUGUUGUGGUCAACACUAAUUCAUCAUCAAAGGCCACACCACCUCCAUCCACUCCCACAAAGCCUGUACUAGGUUCAACUUCUCAAACUACUCCAAACAACAGUAGCACAAGUUCAGGUACUUCCAACCACCUAAUUACCACCUCACAACAAAAUAGCACAGGAAGACAUUCACCAGAACCAAGUGGAUUGAUAAAUAGUGGUAUUGUGAACAACAACAGUGGGAGUGGAAGCAACAGUAGCAGUAGUAGCAGCUGCAGCAACAGCAGUAGCAGCAGUGGCAACUCUGUAUCGAACAGUACAGGUAGUGGGAGUAGCAGCAGCAGCAGUAGCAGCAGCAGCAGUAGUACCAGCAGCAGCAGUGGCAGCAGCAACAAUAGCAGCAGCAGUACCAGCAGCAACAGCAGCAGUAAUGGUCUCAGUAGUGGGGUAAGCAGCAGCGUGAGUGUGACGUCACCGCAGGGUAGUCUGGCAGGCAGUGCAACCACUACACCAGCAUUACCUUCAGGGGCACCAACGCCAUCUGCAGCUCCCACACAUCAAGGGCACACACCAGCUAUGAAUGCUUCAGACACUGCAGUAUCUUUAAAAGCCAUAGCGCAGAAGAAAGUCAAUGAAGUUAAUUCUUCGUCAAUAACGCCAACAGUCUUAGAAAGCAGCAGCUGCCCCGUCAGCAACACCACCACGAGCAGCACCAACACCAAUGCCAACAACAACAACAAUAACAACAGUUCCAGCACGAGGACCAUCACUGAGAAGUCCACAACGACCUGCGAGGCCAACAUCCCUCCCUUAUUGGGUGUUGCUCCCCUCGGUCCUGCCAAGCUGACCGUUGAGCACGACCUGCAGUUCAAGAUGCUCCAGGCGGCCUAUUACCAUAUGCCUCACCCGUCCGACUCGGAGAGACUGAGAGUGCACUUGCCGCGCCAGCCUUGCCAGACGCCGCUCUACUAUCCACAG